CGCGCCCAGUGUUUUAAAGUUAAAUGCGUUUUCACUGCACUUCCACGCGGCUGUUUUGAGCGUCAAUUUGACGGACUAUCAUCCGCCUUCACCGCUCUAUCAAAGAGCGCAUCAAGCCUUCAACUUCUUCUCCGAUCAAGUAGAGGACUCUCCGCGUCGCAGCCAUGGCUUUCAUGGUGAAACACAUGGUGGGGGGACAGCUGAAGAACCUGACAGGCGGACUGACGGAGGAGAAACCUGAAGGAGAGAAAUCAGAAGCGGCGGCGCAGGGGAUGACUCAAGAGGAAUUCGAGCAGUAUCAGCAACAGUUAGAGGAGGAAAAACAAGAACGAGAAGCCAGUUUUGCUCAGAAGAAAGCAGAGCGAGCCACAGUUAGAAGUCACUUCCGGGACAAGUACAGACUACCAAAGAAUGAGCUGGAUGAGACCCAGAUCCAGCAGGCGGGGGAUGACGUGGUGUUGCCCACAGAGUUGGCCAAGAUGAUCGCUGAGGACAACCAGGAGGAGACGCACAAGCAGUCGGUGCUGGGCCAGCUGUCCAACAUCCAGAACGUGGACAUCGACCAGCUGAAAGACAAAGCGCAAGCCACACUGGAAGACCUCAAAAAGCAGACGGAGAAUUGCAGUCUCAUGUGAUCUCCCACAAGAUUAGAGUUUGACUUGUACAAAUAUUUUUCAAAGGCAGAGCUGCUCUGGGGGUAAAAAAUAUUCUCAGUGCUUGGGUGGAAUGUCAGAUGGCAGAGCCGCGUAAUGACAGUUUUUGGAGCUGUGCAAAGGGAGACAGGAGCUGCAGAAAAAAACAUCAAAUCAGAGUCAUGUUUCACUUACUGGAACUGAGAAUAUGGACCUUUCAGGUGACCCUCAGAUAUCCCAACAGUUUGAAUGUCAUUCAUAGAAAUUAGCCACCUUGAACCACCUUUUGAAACUUCAAUACAAUUACAGUAAAAGUUAAAUAAAAUAGAAUCCUGUAUAAUAGCAAAGCAACAAAAAUUAAUUGCCUAAACUUGCAGACAAACUAUUAAACACUGUUGAAAUUGCACAAAUGCAUGUUUCCAACAUAUGUUUGCAACUUCAGCUGUGCCUUUCCCACACUUGCAGCAGCUUUUUGGUAAGCUCUGGUACUUUUUGAUGCUGCCGAUCAUUACAACAGCUGAGAUUGUAUCAUUUAAAACACAAGAAGUAUCGAAGCAUUGAAAAGUUCGACAGCCUCCCAUUUGCACCCCAUAGACUGUGAAUCCGGCGUCUUCCACUGAGAUUUAAACACUGAGAUUAUUCCCGCCUUCAGAGCAACUCCUCCAAGAAUUACUCCUCCGUCUCUCCUUUGCCUCCCUCCCUCUCUGUACCUCAAGUGAGCGGUGAUACCAUCCUGCAGCAGAGGUCUCAGGUGCGUGCGUUGUUGUGUAUGUGCAGGUUUUCCUCCAAACAAACAGCGGAUGACUUCACCGAUGAAGAAAUGCUCAUCAUCGUUGAGAUGAGCUGUUUGUUUGAGCACAUACACAACGAUGAUGCUGGCUCACGCGAGGCUGUGUGUGCGACAUAUGGUAUUUGGAAAACAUUGAUGUUUUUAUUCCAUGCACAAAAGCACAAAUCCUCGUGCAAUAGUCAUUCAAAGCAACAAAAGGCUGAUUUUUGUUUAAGUAGCUUACUGGUGUUGACCACCUGGUGCCCUGAUGAACACAUCCUGUGUGCUGCAUUAAUCCUAGUUUUAAUCUUUUCCUGAACAUAUCAUUAUAAAGCCUUUUUUAAAAAUCUUUCUCCAUACUUCAGUGUGCCUUGGUUACCUUCUUUAGAUCAUAAACACCUGUAAGCUACUUUUUACAAAGAUUCUUAUUGGUAUUUGUUUGUUUCCUACUUUUGGUGUUAGUAAAGCAACAACCGAUAUGUGGAUUUGCAUUUUGUAUCAUAAUAGGAAUCACAGUAGGUGUGUGCAAUAACUGUGCUCCUGGUUUAAACUAUAAUCUCUACUUUAACAACUGCAUAGGGAGCAAAUCUGUGGUUCUGCAAUGAAAUGGAAGCUUCUUCUUGUCCCUAAAUGGCAAUGUGGCUUGCAAUGAAGUCCAUGAAACCAUCAUAAAAAAUGCAGAAAGACAAAAAAUCCCUGCAUAUAAUGUAACUCGUAUGGAUGUUGUUGUGAUAGAUGUACAGAGAGAUAUGAGGCACAAAGUCCAGCAGUCCAUCAUAGGGGAGAUCAGGGGUUUUUUGAGGAUUGCUUAUGAUCAGUCCAUAUCACAGUGAUCAUUUCUUAAUAAGAUGGAAGCUUACGGUCUUGAGGUUAAAGAGGUAUCCUUUUUACAUGUGUGGAUUAUUCAAACAGCAAGUUAUUAACAAUCAGUGACAUAUAACUAUAGGUUAAGCUGUUCCUGUAGUUAUCAGUGAGGUUAAGGUAAAUAAAAAAGUGGUCAAAUACGUGUCUUACCCUGUCAGUGCAAUGCAUUAACUCGGAUUUAUAUCUGAUUUGGUGGUUUGGAUACCAAAACAGUUCGAUAUCAGAGAGCUCAGACUGCUCUCAGAGGUAGUCUGGGAUGCUUUCAUCCAGACUAGGCUGGUUCUGUGGACACACGUACUUGCACACAUGUAAGACCACCAUGUCGAUUGAGACUACCUUCUGAUCCCCUAGUAAACAAAAAAGAAUGGCUCUAUUCAGCCUCGCUUGGAGUGAUCGGAAGUUAAGUUCUUUCUAGCAAUCUGGCCUUUUUGUCUCAGCUCAGUAAUAAGAGUUGGUCUAUCAGCAUCUACACCACUCCUCAUUUGGUACCAGUUUGCCUGUUUAUGCUAGUGAUGGGUCAUUCAUGAACGAACCGGUUCAAAGAGCCAGCUCUUUUACAUGAACGAUAAGAGCCAGAUCCCAGCUGUUUUAUAUUAUUAUAACUAUAGAUUGUGUGUGUCUGUGUGUUAUUUGAUUGGUUAGUAGGGAUGAUCUUUUAUCCUCUACCCCAGACAUACCAUGCAUUAAGGACUCAUGUUUGAUGGUGUAACAUAAAUGUUUUAUGCCAGCUGUGUCAUACAUCCCAGCCAGUAGGCAGAUAUCAUCUGAGCCGAAGUUCCCAUCACUAGUUUAUGCCUUCAAAACAACAAAAACUGACAAAAAGGAAAACACCUUUCAAAUGAGAACUAGUUCCUGGCACCAUCUUUAAGCUCAUCUGUGAACAACACAUCCCAACACCCUUGUUACUAAUUUACCCAGCCCCCCAGGAGAUUUAAGAGCUAAACUAUGUAUUAAAGUGUCCUUUUAUUGCAAGCAUUCGACUACACUGAGGAAAUAAGCUGUUAAAUAUGCAGAACUACCUUCUUAACUCAUAGCUAGUUGGCCCCUAUACAUUUUAAAUGCCAGCUCUUGUUUAAAAGCAUAGUAAAGGCAAAAUGGUACCAAAAUAAGAGCGUUUGUGAGCUGAAAUGGUGUUAAUUGCUGAGCUGAGACAAAAAGUCCACAUCUCCAAAAUGAGCUGAAAUUCCCAUGAACCCAAGCAAGGCUGGAUGGACAUAAAGAGAGCCACAGAAAUGAUGGUUUGCAUAAGAGGCAGGCAAGUGUGUCUAAAUAUCAGAUCGUUUAUAAAGACGUGUUGAUAAUUAAGUGGAUUUCAAAGUGUUUUUCCCAAAGCACACCGAAUAACAAGGCAAGCCCUAUCCAUGCCAAAUGGGCAUUGUUACUCAUGUAACAGCAUCUUUUGUUGUUGUACAAUUCCUGUCCUAGAGUUGCAUCACUGUGCCUUGCCAUGAUGUUUGAAUAAUGAAUAAUGCAUAGCAUGGACUUACAUGCUAACAUGCAGUCACUUGGUAUCUGAAUGCCAAAAUUGUGCCACUAAUCCCUGAUAAUGCAUUGUCUGAGCAAUCAAUUUAACUGCUCUUUAUGCUUUUUAGCAAGAGACAAAAUGACUAAGUACCUGGAAACUUUUUAAAUAAAAAAUACAUAAAAACCAGAAAAUUUCUGGGUUGUGCAUCAGGUUAAAUAUUUGAUACUAACAUGAUUAACAGAGCCCUGCCAUUGGUUGUAAUGAGCAAUAUGACAACCAGCCCUUAUCUCCCCUAUGAUUGUGACGACAAUGAUGUGUACAACCUAAAACCUGCUCUGCUGAUGUGAGAAAUGACCUCAGAUCUACACCCAAAUGUAAAAAACCUUCAAAGCUGCUCAGAUGAGAGAGAUGUAACUGCUUUAUGAGGCGCAUGCCAAAGCUGCAGUUGAGAAAACAUGAAAGAAAAAAAGCACAAACAUGUAAAACUGUAACUGCGGUGUGCGUAUAAAUCCACAUUAUGUUGUAUAAGCUGUAAAUGUAUCUGCUGUUUGCCUCUGCUGUCAGCAGCAGCUCAUCUGUUCUCAUCAGAAGUGUCGUCGACCGUCCCAUGACCAUCGGCCUGUCCUCCAUCUCAUUGAUCCCUGCGUCUCAGUGGUGCUGUUUUGUGCUGGUGGAGUCGUGUUGCUUAGCUGAUGUGAUAUUUCUAGUGAUGUCUUUGUAAAAAAUAAGAAAAAAAAAAGCUCACUCUGUGGCUGCUGAUGGUAACGCAACACUGUGGGCUCACUGUGUAACUCAGUAUUCUCCAUGUUGUUUUCAAGACAAGCACAAGAGAGGGGAGUCCAGAGGGGAUGUUGUUGAUGUUGUGUUGAAUUCAUUUACGCUACAUUUGACCGGUGUUUGAUUUUAUGUAGCUGUGGUGCUGAGAGUGACGUCAGCUUUCAUCUCAUACCUGUCCCCUUUUGAUUUAUGUUAUAUUUUAAUGCAAUUUUUUUAUUUGAGUGCACUGCAAAAAUUCACCAAUAACAGGUGUAUUUGUCUAAUAUUUAGUCAAAAAUAUUUCAUUGCACUUAUUAUGUACCAUUUUUGCCUAACAAGUCUAGACAAAAAUCUUUUUUUAGGGUAUAAACAGCCAAAAUUAAAGCCUGAAUUGCAGCAAGCGGAGCUCACUCAAAUGUCUUGAAACGAGAUGUACUACCUUAUUUAGAUAAAGACAUGUCAUUUCAAGAAACUAGACAGGUAUUUUUUGCAUUCCAGUCAAUUUUUUGGUUUUAGACAAUGCACAAGCUAAAAUUAGAGUUUUUGCAGUUUACUCUGCUAUUUUGUCUUAGCUUGAUUUCUAAGGGAAUCUCCUUCUGUGUGCCAAACUUCUGCUGAGUGAAUACUGAGGCAACAGCUAAAUCUUUUCAGUACAGUGGUCGUCGUCCUGUGAUAGAUGAAGUGUGUUGUUACAUUUAUUAUAAAUAUUAUAAAGCAGAGGAAAAGUUGCAAUAAGUCCUUUUCUAAUAGAGGUAAUAAAUCUGUCAUGUUUGAUCAUGACGGAUUAUAAAUGGUUGGAAUAGAAGCCAUAAUGUAAACUGUUUGCCAUGUAUGAGUGUGUGCAAAAACUAAUUAUUCAGUAACUCAAUACUAAUGAUAAUAAUCAUAAUCUGAAUAAACAAAUGUA